CGAACUAGUCUUCCAGAGGCUAUGAUCAUAAGCGAAAUAUAUUUAUUCUGCGUGUCUAUCAUGCCCUGACCCUGCUAUCUCUGCCUCUCUUCAUGUUGGCAGCUUCUUCCAAACCGACGGAAGAAAAUUGGUAUCCAUCCAACCUUCUUGCAUAUAACGCACUCCCGGCUCACCAAGCCUUUGACUCCCCAAUAUCUGAUGCGAAGUCCACUGCUGAUACUAGAACCGAUUUCUACGACCGCAGUCUGACGAGUCGCAGAUAUGCCCUUAUCGGAGUGGCAUGUUCAAGUAUCUUCAGCUGCAUAUGCAUUACCGCAGAGUCCAUAGGCUUCGUACACGGCAUCUCAUUGCGCUCUGCGCUAGCCUCAGAGUCUCGGCUUCGUUUCAACACCAAUCUGCGCCUUCUGACCGCAGCUCGUGGAUGGUAUAACCCUAACGGUGUCCUGCUUAAUGGUAUCUCGGCUGUCCUCCUCAUUAUAUCUUACAGCUCGGCCUCAUUCAUCAUAUAUCUGGACGACCAAUUGACCAUGCCAGUCUCCACAGGCGUCGCCGUCGCCGGGUUUCCUCUCCUUAUCUUGGGCGUCGCACUCCUCCUCCAAGUGAUGAUCGCAUUGUCAGGAAUGCGAGCUGUCAAAAUCAUGACGUGGAGCUCCUCACCUUUCGACUUGACCGCCGCGCUGCUCCAUCACACGCAAUUGACCCCUGAUCCUUUCCGGUGCAUGCGUCGUGUGUCUGACCUAGACACAUAUGGAGGUCCAGCGAAGCCACCAGAGACACAGCCCUCUGCGUGGCAUGCUCACCCUAGCAUCCGGAAAGUUGUCAUUUUCCUUUGGGUAAUUGUUGUAGCAUGCGCUGUAUGGGCCGUACUCGUCAUGUAUUUCUCGGACCUCUACGGUCUUCCGCUGACCCUACGGACGUGGUCGUUCUUCCAGAACGAGCAGUCCAAACUCGUCUCGUAUUUCUCAUAUUUUAUGACAGAUGUCAAUCUUGAGGCGUGGACUCUGUUCUUUGUCAACAUCGCAGUUGUCCAGGGACCGUUGACGCUUAUGUUGCAUUGCUCGGAGCUCAUCGUGAAUGUCAUUCGAAACGAAAGACAGUGGAGAUGCGCUACCGGAGGGAAAGGACUCAGAGUGGCGACGAACCCGCUGGAACCGAUUUUGACUCAUACGAUCUGUCUCAUACUUUUCUUCGCGAAGCCUUUCCUGCACUGGAUGUUUGCGCUUUCAUUCAGUGUAUCUUUCAUAGCCUUUGACGAGAUUGUAUCUGUUUUUUCUGUAUAUAUGUACACCGCCCAGAUCUGGAACUUAUGCAUUGCGCUCGUUAUAUUUGCCUGUUUCUUCACUUUCGUCGCACUGCGCCGACCGUACGGUCCCCAGCCGGCUGCAUAUGGCCAUGUCCAGACGCUCGCCAACCUCGUGGAUGAGUGGUCGCCUGUGAUGUGGUGGGGACACAAGGAGGAUGGAAUUCCGUACUGUCAUGCUGGGACGAGCGAUCACCCGCUACCGGACGUGAAGAUGGACUGUGUUUAUGCUGGUUCCGGUGCUAGGUCUCCGGUAUCCCCCUCAUGAGAGGUACUUGCUUUGUUUACUUCUUGACUUUUAUUUUUAAACAGAGAAGCUAUAUCCACGCCAGGCUAGCAAUGCAUUUACGGUGCACACGACCAGUCAUGUUGUUGAACGAGACAUACAAUUUUUAUGCUGUCUGCUGUGUUGUAGUUGGUUCAUAUCGUUCAUACGAGUCUGGGACAACUUUUAGCAGAGACACGUUCAAUUUGACCCUCAAGGGGUUGUUAAAUCAUUGUAA